AUGUCCCCGUCCUCACCCAUCCGCCUCGGCGUCAUCGGCCUCUCCGCCUCAGCGGGAGCCUGGGCGAACACGCUGAUCGCGCCGCUGCUCCCUCCCGCGCCCCUCGCGUCCAAGUACAAACUGACCGCGCUGUGCACGCGCAGCGCCGAGUCCGCCGCCGCCGCGGCGGACAAGUUCACCAAGGCCGUCGGACACGCCGUCAAGGCGUACCACGGCCAGGACGGCUACGCGCAGAUCGCGAACGACCCCGACGUCGACCUCGUCGUCGUCAGCAUCAAGGUCAGUGAACACCGCGCGGCGACAAUCCCCGCGAUCGAGGCGGGCAAGAGGGUCUUUGUGGAGUGGCCCCUCGGGAAGAACAUCGAAGAGGUGGAGGAGCUCGCGGAGCUUGCGAGGAGGAAGGGUGUACAGGGCAUCAUAGGGAACCAGAUCAGGUCUAGUCCGGCGCUGCUGAAGAUCGCAGAGGUGCUCAAGUCGGGUGCACUGGGCAGGAUCAUCGGGACCAGUGUGAUUGGAUGCUGUCCCCCGAACCUUGGCUUUUGGGGACCUACCAUCAACGAGCGCAACCUGUAUGCAGCUGACGCCGACUGCGGCGCAUCCAUGGUGGACAUCAGCUUGGGCCAUUUCUUCGCCGGCCUCGUUACUGUUAUGGGCGACUUCGCCAGCGUGAGCGCGACCUAUGCGACGCUCUACCCUGAGGCCGAGAUCCUCGACGACGCGGGGAAGCCCACGGGCAAGAAGAUCGCACGGACGUGCGAGGACCAGGUCGCGCUCACGGGCACGUUCACGUCCGGCGCGCUCAUCUCGCUCCACUACCGCGGGGUCCCACCGACCGAACCCGGGCGCGUACCAUUCGUGUGGACCAUUGAUGGAGAGGACGGAGCCAUCACCGUUGAGGGCCCUUUGCCGUUCGUCCAUAUCUUUCAUCCGACGAAGGUGCUGAUCCAGGGCAAAGAGUGGGUGUCCGAGCAGAAGCUCGUCGACUGGACCGGUAACAUUGAGGCGACGUGGGCGGAGAUUGCGAAGGGCGACGAGGGCCGGUACUCGACGUUUGAGGAUGCGGUGAGGGUGUACAAGGUGAUUGAUGCGGUCCGGAGGAGUGCGCGGGAGGGUGUGCGGGUGAACAUCAACUAG